AUGGAGAAGGCAAAAUGCUUUGGCCUCUGUCUGAGGGCCAUCCACUUUAGGAGCGCCCGCGAGUGGAAGCAGUUUAUGAACCCCAAAAUCGACGGCACGAGGAUAAAAAAGAUUCGGAACGUCAGCGAGAACGACAUGCUGCACAAGCACCGGGUCCACAAGUACCCCUAUUUCAAGAUGAAGAAAUUUGGCAAAUACAAAAAGAUAGAAGUGAGUGACAACCACCUCUUCAAUCGAGACGUCGAAAUCAUAUAUGACCACAGGUAUGCAGAAACGUUUGUGAAACUCAAGGACAUAAUUUCGGCCAACCUGGAAGGAGUAACCAUCCGGGAGAGGUGCACUGAUGACGCCUCCUUCGAAGUGUACGAUUGCCUACGUAACAUAACUCUGAUAAAAAAAAAAAACCAAGAGUUAGAAGCUGAAGGGCUGUUCCGCGAGAUGGUGCAGAAGAUGCAGCAAGACGUGUAA